CCAGUAGACCUUGCGCGGCCGGAAGCCGUUCAGUCGCUGUAGAGAAGAAGAAGAGGAGCUGCAGCUGCUGAAGAUGAUGAAGGGUAAGGCUGAUGAAGAUGACUACUGGAACAGCUCCAAGUUUAAAGCAUUCACCUUUGACGACGAAGAUGACGAGUUCAGCAGGCUGAAAGAGUCAAAGCGAGCGGUGAACAGCAUCCGCCUGGAGGACGACGACGACGACGACGUGGAGAAGGUCAGCUGGAGCGGAGAGCCGGUUGGAAGUAUCUCCUGGUCUGUCAGAGAGACGGCGGCGUCCAAUCAAAGGACAGACAGGGAGCCUGCCUUCCCCAAAAUCAACACUGACACACCCACCAUCAGCAAGAGCAACUCGGGAUACUCACUGAGUGCGCUGUUCAAAGGAAAGUCUAAAGGAGGAUCGUUCCAGUCUCUGACAGACACACUCAGCGACUCAACAGCCAGGCUCUAUGCUCCUGAACUACGAAAACCCAAAUCAGAGUACAAGGACUAUGUCAGCGAUUGGUCACCUGAGGAGACAGUCCAGAGGAUGCAGCAGGGAAAGUGUGUAUCGUUGGAGAAGUUUCGUUCUCUGCAAGAUAAGCUCCUCCUCCUCGACUCUGCCGUCAGCGCUCAUGAUGGGAACGUCAUCACUGCAGUCCUGAUUUAUCUGAAGAGGACGCUGAGCAAAGAGGUCUUGUUCAGGGAGCUGGAGUUCAGACAGGUGGCACUCAGACACCUGAUCGCCUACCUGACCGAAAGCAAAGACCAACGACUGCUGCUGGAGCUGCUCAGAGCACUUGGCAGGACGGAGGAUGUGGCGCUGCUUCAGUAUAAGGAACACCUGAGCAUCUCUGAUGAAAACAAGCGGCGGGACUUCCUAAAGAGCUGCCUCAGUCUCCCAUUUUCUGCAGAGGACACAGGUUAUGUUCAAGAUCACUACACACUGCUGGAGAGACAGAUCAUCAUAGAGGCUGCUGAUCGUCAGGCUGAGCGAGGAGGGAAGGUGGAACUCUUCCAGAAGUUUCCCAGGAAAGCUUCGAUCCUCAAUAUGCCGCUGGUCACAACGUUAUACUACUGCUGUUUCUAUCACUACACUGAACCUGAGGGAACUUACAGCAGCCCGUUGAACAUCCGUCAGACAUUUAAGAUCUCAGAGAAGCAGUACUUUGUGACAGCGUUGGCGGCGAGGGCAAAGUUGAAGGCGUGGUUCGAUGUGGAUGCUCUGUUCGCCAGCAGGAACUGGCUGGGCUUCACUAGGAAGAAGUCACCGCUCAGCUUCCAGCGAGUCGUCGACAUCCUGCAGAAGAACUCCGCCCCCACACAGGUGCUGCAGGAGUACGUGGCGUUGGUAGACGACGCCGAGCUGAGGAUCAGUCUUGCUCAGAAACAUAAAUGUCACGACAUCGUCAUUAAUACAUAUCGAGACCUGAAGGACCGGCAGCAGUUGCUAGGAUACCGAGGAAAGGUGGAGCGAGGGUCAGCGGAGGAGAGGAAGAUUGAUGAGCUGCUCAAUAACCAGCAAAUGAGGUGGAAGAACUGAGCCUGUGGACAAUGGCUCUUACUUUGAAGGAAAACAGGAAGUCCACCAUGACAACAGGGACGUCUGAUCAGCUAUCAGCGUUGGAGCUGUCCCUGAGACACAGAGUGGAUAGGGCUGUUUUUCAGCCUGGUCUUCCAUGAGUCAUCAUGCCAACAUUCCUGAAAGUGUUUUUGUAAAUAUGAAUGUAAAAUAAAAUAUAAAUAAAAUAUUAUUUAUAAAUGUGAAACAAGGAUGUGGUAUUGAUUAGUAGAAGGGUAGGAGUCCCUCAUAGAUGUGUAACAAAGAUGGCAAAUGCUUUUCUGCUGUUUAUGAAUGGAACUUUUUGACCAAAGAUGAUAAAAGAACCAAACAAAUAG